AUGCAACGCUCUGGCCCACGUGAGAUGCGCGAACUCUCAGCACGUGGCGAGAUAAAGGUCACAAUCAGCGAUAAGGAAGGAGACUUUGUGGUCAUAUCACGUGAACUAGACAUAGCCAUCACUCAAAAACACUUGGAUGACGCUACACUCUACCACUAUUCGUCACAUGAAGAGUUCAUAGAACAAAGUCGCCAUCUCAAUAUAGUUCGGGACAAGGCCGGAAAGACUGCGGGGUUACAUAAAAGAAUGAUCACAAGGCUGAAAUACGAACUUUCUACCUGCCCGCUUCUACACGUGCUAAUAAAAACACACAAACCCUCUUCCUCUUCUCUUCUCUCGGAAGACCCAGAUGUGUUCAAAGUACGUCCCAUGAUAACCAAUGUAGGCGGCCCUACGGAUAGAAUGUCUUACCUUUUAAACGCACUACUUGCACCAUUGCUCAAGGUACCAGGACUCAAACUACGUUCCUGCGCAUUUGUCCAACACCAACAUGUUUCUUGA